AUGGUUCCCGAUUCUGCUCUAACUUCCAAUCCUUCUUGGUUUACGCCCAAAAGGCUUCUAGGUAUAUUUUGUGUCAUAAACUUGAUUAACUAUGUGGAUCGUGGAGCUAUAGCUAGCAAUGGUGUUAAUGGAAGUCUUGGAACUUGUACUGAUUCUGGUGUUUGUACUUCCGGUACUGGAAUUCAGGGCGAGUUUAACUUGAACAAUUUUCAAGAUGGAGUUCUUUCAUCUGCGUUUUUGGUUGGACUUUUAAUUGCUUCUCCAAUAUUUGCUUCUCUUGCCAAAAGCCACAAUCCAUUCCGGCUUAUUGGUAUUGGAUUGUCUGUUUGGACAUUUGCGAUAGCUGGAUGUGGCAGCUCUUUUGAUUUUUGGUCUAUUGCAAUAUGCCGAAUGCUAGUUGGUGUAGGUGAGGCUUCCUUCAUAAGUCUUGCUGCGCCGUUCAUAGAUGACAAUGCCCCUGCUGCACAGAAAACAGCAUGGCUUGCUACAUUUUACAUGUGUAUACCAGCUGGAACUGCUCUGGGCUAUGUUUAUGGUGGAUUGGUUGGAAGCCAAUUUAACUGGCGUGUUGCAUUCUGGGGUGAGGCAGUUUUUAUGCUUCCUUUUCCCAUAUUGGGUUUUUUGAUAAAGCCUUUGCAGUUGAAAGGAUUUGCUCCCAUGGAAUCCAAGAAGACACUAACAUCUAACGGAGCAAAUGUUUCAGAAAAUGGUGAUGAUGGCAUGCUUGCUGAAGAUCAAGCCUUUAUCAGAGGAUCCAGCUUAACAUCCAACUUGAGGAAUCAGUUCACCAGAUUCUCAAAAGAUAUGCAAGAGCUUUUGCAUGACCGUGUGUAUGUUAUAAAUGUUCUAGGGUACAUAUCAUACAAUUUUGUCAUUGGAGCUUACUCUUACUGGGGGCCAAAGGCUGGAUAUAGUAUUUACCAUAUGAGUAAUGCCGACUUGUUGUUUGGAGGGAUUACAAUUGUUUGUGGGAUUUUUGGGACUCUCGCUGGAGGAUUGAUUCUUGAUAAGAUUACUUCAACAAUCUCAAAUGCUUUCAAGCUUCUUUCUGGAGCAACAUUUCUAGGGGCAAUCUUUUGUUUGAUUGCUUUCCUUUUCAAGGGCUUGUCUGGUUUCAUUGUCUUCUUCUCUGUGGGUGAACUGCUGAUAUUCGCCACCCAGGCUCCGGUAAAUUAUGUCUCUCUCCGUUGUGUAAAACCAAGUUUGAGGCCUUUGUCUAUGGCAAUCUCUACUGUUUCAAUCCAUAUCUUUGGCGAUGUCCCUUCCGCACCACUUGUUGGGGUCCUGCAGGAUCAUAUUAACGACUGGAGGAAAACAGCUCUGUGUCUAACAUCUAUUUUCUUUCUUGCUGCUGGAAUAUGGUUCAUAGGAACCUUUUUGAAAAGUAAGGAUAUGUUGAACGAAGAUGACGAAGACCAAUCGACCACAACUCUAAUAGGGGAAAGGAAGCCAUUGCUUGAAGCGAGCAGCUCCAGUCAAGCCUAG